AUGAAGGGGUACCAUAUAGGGAAUAUUUACUUCAUUGCAGCCAUCUCCGUCAUUGGAGGUGGCCUAUUUGGUUUUGAUAUCAGUUCUAUGUCCGCCAUUCUUGGUACGACUGCCUACAAGUGCUACUUCAAUAAUGGCCCCGAGGGUCCACCCUUCAAUGAUAACGAGAAGUGUAGUGGCUUGAGUUCACUGACCCAGGGUGGCGUUACUGCUGCCAUGCCUGCUGGUUCGUGGCUUGGUGCCCUUGCUUCUGGUUACAUCUCAGACCGCCUGGGCCGUAAGUACGCCAUCAUGUUUGGAUGUAUUUUCUGGAUCAUCGGUUCCGUUAUUAGCUGCGCCUCUCAAAAUAUCGGUAUGCUCGCAGCUGGCCGUGUUAUCAACGGUCUCUCAGUCGGCAUUGAAUCUGCCCAGGUUCCCGUCUAUAUCUCAGAGAUCUCUCCUCCCUCUAAGCGUGGUCGUCUCGUCGGCUCCCAGCAGUGGGCGAUCACAUGGGGUAUCCUGAUCAUGUACUAUAUCUCAUUUGGAUGCUCCUACAUCGGCGGCAAUACUGCCACAACUUAUAGCACUGCUGUCUUCCGUAUUCCCUGGGGUAUCCAAAUGGUCCCAGCAGUCCUCCUCUUUUUCGGCAUGAUCUUCCUCCCGGAAUCUCCUCGCUGGCUGGCCCGCAACGACCGCUGGGAGGAGUGCCAGGAAGUUCUAGCCCUGGUCCACGGUAAAGGAGAUCCUUCAAGUCCCUUUGUCUUGGUCGAGAUGCAAGAGAUCAGAGACAUGUGCGAGUUUGAGCGCCAAAAUGCCGAUGUCACCUACUUGGAGCUCUUCAAGCCGAAGAUGAUUCACCGGACCUUGACAGGUAUCUUCACUCAGAUCUGGUCUCAACUCACCGGUAUGAAUGUGAUGAUGUAUUAUAUUACCUACGUCUUCUCUAUGGCAGGUUAUACCGGCAAUUCCACCCUCUUGGCUUCUUCCAUUCAAUACAUCAUCAAUGUCAUUAUGACAUUUCCAGCUUUGAUCUGGGUUGAUCGUUGGGGUCGUCGCCCAACUCUCCUCAUUGGAGCUACCCUGAUGAUGAUCUGGAUGUUCGCCAACGGUGGCAUCAUGGCCCGGUACGGCGUGGUUGUGCCGGGCGGUAUUGACGGCGUAGUCGAAGAAUCCAUGCGUCUCUCCGGGGCGCCGGCUAAGGGAUUAAUCGCCUGCACUUAUCUUUUCGUGGCAUCCUAUGCGCCUACCUGGGGUCCUGUAUCCUGGGUUUACCCUCCCGAGUUAUACCCACUGCGAGUGCGCGGCAAGGCCGUGGCCCUGGCGACCUCAGCAAACUGGGCAUUCAACACAGCACUAGGACUUUUCGUACCAUCAGCGUUCGCAAAUAUCCGCUGGGAGACAUACAUCAUCUUCGGGGUAUUCCUGGCUGCCAUGUGGCUCCACGUGUUCUUCCUCUUCCCAGAGACGGCAGGCUGUUCUCUUGAGCAAGUGGAGUCCAUCUUUGAGGAUCCCAAUGGCAUCCCCUAUAUCGGUACCCCUGCCUGGAAGACUCACACUGAUACUAAGCGCACUGUCGCAGCUGAGUCAGGUGAUGUUGAGGUUCUGGGUGAGAAGCUGGGUCACAAGUCUCUCGGCACGACUACGACUACCAGCCACGCAGAAGAAGCUUAA